AUGCACAAGAGCACUUCAGGUUCGUCACUGGGGCCAGAUGGCUUAGACCUAACCCAAGCUUUCUUCAAGUCCAUCCUCCACGCUGCCCCUCCUUCUCCCACAAAGCGCCACAACAAGAUCUCAGUUGUUGGGGCAGGCAACGUUGGAAUGGCCAUUGCCCAAACCAUUCUCACUCAAGACGUCACCGACGAGCUUGUCCUUGUCGACGCCAUUCCCGACAAACUACGCGGCGAGAUGCUGGACCUGCAGCACGCCGCCGCCUUCCUCCCUCGCACGAAGAUCAACGCCUCGACCGACUAUUCAGUCACGGAGGGGUCAGACCUCUGCAUUGUCACUGCUGGGGUCCGCCAGAGCAGCGGCGAGUCCAGGCUGAACCUGCUGCAGAGGAACGUGACUCUGUUUCAGAAAAUCAUACCACCUUUGGUUCGUUACUCCCCACGUUGUGUUCUUCUUAUCGUUUCGAAUCCCGUUGACGUGCUCACUUACGUUGCUUGGAAGCUCUCAGGGUUUCCCUCCAAUCGCGUCAUUGGCUCCGGCACUAACUUGGAUUCCUCACGUUUCCGUUUCCUCAUUGCUGAUCAUCUUGACGUCAACGCUCAGGAUGUGCAGGCUUUUAUAGUGGGGGAGCACGGUGACAGCUCGGUGGCGCUGUGGUCUAGCAUAAGUGUUGGGGGUGUACCGGUGCUAAGUUUUCUGGAGAAACAGCAAAUUGCGUAUGAGAAAGAAAUGCUGGAGAACAUACACAAAGAGGUUAUAGAGAGUGCUUAUGAAGUGAUAAAUUUGAAAGGGUACACUUCUUGGGCGAUAGGAUACUCGGUGGCAAACUUGGCACGAACCAUUCUAAGGGACCAAAGGAAGAUCCACCCAGUCUCGGUACUCGCAAAGGGUCUUUAUGAGAUCGAUGGUGGAGAAGUGUUCCUUAGCUUGCCAGCACAGCUUGGAAGAGGAGGGGUUUUGGGUGUAACCAAUGUGCACUUGACAGAAGAGGAGACGCAAAGGCUCAGGGACUCCGCCACCACCAUCCUUGAGGUCCAGAAUCAGUUGGCUAUUUGA